AUGACUGUCUGGCAGAGGUAUAUCAACAGCAUCAUGAGAGAUGGGAUUUGCUGGGAUGCAGCAGUUGUCUCUAUAGCUCAACAGCAACUCCUAGGUGCUCACCAAAGUGGCAUAUUGACCAGAGUGACCAAGCCAGAGAUCCAAGCUCUCCUUGGUAGGAGCAGAGACAUCCUCCUCGCACAAGGGUUGACCCUUGGUGGGCUCAAGUGUCUGGUCAUACGUGACAACCUCUAUACUGAUGCCCAUCAAUACACCAUGGACCUCCGGACCAAGCUGUAUGGGGACAAUGGAGACAGCUGCAGCCAUGCCAUCACUGUAGUCCUGGUCAACCCUGUAUGCCUAAUACUCAUUGGCCGGAAAGGGGUUCAGGGAGGAACGCUGAAUAUGAAGGCUCUUCAGACUGCACGGGAUAUCAAAGACAACUUGCAUCAUUAA